UCAGCGGAUUAAUACGAACCCCGUGUAGCUGUACGUGUACACACGGGAGUGAUGGUUUGUGCAGACGUCACGGCACGGCAUCAUCCCCCAACACCGCUUCCUGGGAUCUUCCGCUAUCCGUUUAAUGACAGGAACCUUGGACACACAUCCAUCGUUAUCCUGCAAUUAUGACUGACGUCCCAGCGAUCAUAAACAUCGCCAUUUCCCUGAAAAUACAACCCAACGAUGGACCCGUGUUUUACAAAGUGGACGGGACGAGGUUCGGUCAGAGCAGGACGAUCAAAAUGCUAACGGGGUCGAAAUAUAAAAUCGCGGUGAUUGUGAAGCCGAGUAGCGCAGAGGCCAGCACAAUGGGCAUUGGAGGAAAAACCUUCCCUUUGGAAGAGCUGUCCAGAGAUGAUGAACAGAUCGUCUACAAUGGCACCUAUGAUACUGAGGGUGUGCCACACACCAAAAGCGGGGACAGACAACCUGUGCAAGUCUCCAUAGAGUUUAAAGAUGCCGGCACGUUUGAGACAGUAUGGCAGGUGAAGUACUACAACUAUUACAAGAGAGAACACUGUCAGUUCGGCAACAGCUUCAACUGCAUCGAGUACGAGGCCAAACCAAAUGAGACCCGCAGCCUGAUGUGGAUAAACAAAGAGGUUUUUCAGUAAAACCUGAGCACAGCAACAACAGCAGUAGCAAACCUUCACACUAUGACCUAUAACAAUCAAAGGGUGACUGUACGUGAAACAGAUGACGCAACCGCCCUCAAUGAAACAAGCUGUGGAUAUUAAUGGCCCAGACAAGAGAUCUAUCAGUGUUUCUUUUUUCACCUGUCAUUCAUUGUACCACUGUUUAUUGCAUGAUCUGAACAUUUAUGUCUUUAGUUGUCAGAAUUUCUCCUUACUUUAUCCUUACCAUGCUUGAGCUGGUGCACAUUGGGAAAAGAUGGACGAUAAAUACAGGAUUUGGUGUGAACGAGGCCAUUUGCAAAACCCCUGCUUUCUUAUGGUUACAAAAACAAUGAAGUUAACAUGAUGUGAAGGUUUUACUGCAGGAUUGUGUUUAAUUAUUUGCUGUUUGGUCUCAAAAACGCGUGCGUAUAAAGGUGCUGUAUGAACAUAGACUGGAUAUUUAUCACUCUAUAUAAGUAUGUAUACUGUAAUAAUACAAAUGAAAGGCCAAUCAGUUAAUAUUGUGGUCUUUUGCGACCAGCGCUAACAUUUAUAUAUUUGUGAUGGGUGUGUGAUUCUCUAUAGUAUGAGUAAAUGUUUAUUCCCCUUUAAUUUACUGCUUAUAAUAAUGUUUAUUUUGCCUACCUCUUUAUGG